GUUGCCAAGAUUUGGCAAAUGGCCGUGUACAUCGUGGACGUGGGCGGCGCGUCGCUCAAGCAUGGCCUAGCGACGAGCCCGAGGUACACGACGACGCCCAACUACAUGCGAAUGAGCGCCAAGGCAAGCGCCAUUCAGAUCCGCCGGCCUAUUGAGCGCGGCUACGUUGUUAACUGGACGCUCCAGGGCGAUCUGCUGCAGGACCUCGUCCCGCCGGGCAAGGACCACACUUUGGUGCUGACGUCGCCUCUCUUUACGCCCGAGAAGCUCCUUGCGACGCAGGACGAGGUUGUCUUUGAAGAGUUCGAGUAUAGCGCAUAUGCGUCUGUUGUGCCCCAAGCCAUGGUUGCGCAUGGGCUCUCGCAGCAGCCGCCCGUCACGUGUAUCGUCGACCUGGGCUUCUCAUGCACGUACAUCGUACCCGUCAUUCAAGGCAACGUCGUGCUGAGUGCAGUGCGGCGACUGAACGUCGGCGGAAAGCUUCUGACCAACUACAUGAAGGAGUGCGUGAGCUACCGGCAGUGGAACAUGAUGGAUUCGUUCGAGAUUAUCGACGAGGUCAAGGAGGCGGUCUGCGGCUGUUCGCUGAACUUUACCUCCGACAUGCACGCCUUUGCUUCGCGCGACGCACCUGUUGUGCAGUGGGCGUUGCCCGACUACGUCCACACGAAGCACGGUGCUAUUGUUACCCCCGACUCGAUGUUGCACGACUCGACUCAAGUGUUGCGGCUCGGUGUCGAGCAAAUCACUGUGCCAGAGAUCCUUUUUCAUCCGUCGGACAUUGGCUUGGACCAAGCCGGGCUUGCUUUUGGCAUUGCCGAUGCGAUCCUGGCGUGCCCCGACUACGCCCACGGACUCCUCUUCCUCAACAUUGUACUCACGGGCGGAACCUCAAAGCUGCCGCGACUUCGCGAGCGACUGCACGCGGACCUUCGACCCCUCGUGCCCUCCGAGUACGCCCUCGGGAUUUCCAGCACGACAGAGUACCAUCGUCUACUUGAGGGAUUCGGCUAAAUGAUCCCCGUGGGUGUUAGUCCGAUUGGGGCUGUAUGGCAAGGCUGCCAGGUCAUGGCAACGGACGACGACGUGCUGACCGUCACACGCGCCGAGUACCUCGAGCAUGGCAGCGCUGUGUGUCGGGGCCGCUUCCGACAGGCCCCGUAGUCGCCAACACAAACCUUUCUUACAAACUAUUAGCGUUGGAUUUGAUCAAGGCGAAGAGAAGGGGAACCAUGUUCGGCCAGCGUGGUUGCGUCGCGCUUGGGCAGAGAAUAUUUGACCGCACACCUGCAGG